AUGGGAGAGAGAACAAGAUUUGCUGAAAAUGGUACAAGUGGAUUCAUUGAUGAUGAAACUCGUGCUCAUGGAGUCGCUAAAGAGUCUGAUAUUUAUGCCUUGGGUGUAACUAUGGUGUUGUUGCUUGCAAAAAAGUGUAAACCAGAAGGUAAUCCUUUGGAGAUGCUUCAACGUUGUCACAAGUGUUCUUCUUCAAUGAGAGAAGUAGUUCGAAGAAUGUUAUUGAAACGAGCUGAUCGUAUCUCAUUGAGUGAUAUUAAGAAACAUUGCGAAACAGCCCUUAAUAAAGAGGUGCAGAUGGGUAUUGAACUAAGGAACAGUGAGAACCAAAGAAGAUCCAUCGAUGCUACUGAUGACUCUGAAAAUGGAAACACAGAACCAGAAAAUCGUGAACACUCGAUACUUUCUCGUUUAUUUUCUUCACCAAAAGUUACACCGGCGAGAGAUGCAAAAAGAUCCUCUGGUAUUCAAAAACAGCACAAAACAAAGAAUGAAAGUAGAAAUAGAACUAUGACAAGCUGGUCUGAAAUUAUUUCAGAUGUGGCCUAUUUAUUCUACGACUUUGUAAAGUCUGCAAAAAACAAAUAG